AUGUCGGCGGACCGUCUGGCGCCAAUUGGACUUGUUGGACACCUACGGACCGUCUGCACCAUCGUUGCUGCGCCAGCGGUCUUCUCUCCGUCCGCCUCUCCCCCGCCUCCCAUGUUGUCAUCAAACAUCGACCGCUUUGCCGAACCACCACUACCACCCUCCUCCUCUUCCUCCUCCAUCGCCGUAACGUCUGCUGCUGUGGAGUCUGCCAUGCCCACCAAUACUACACAAAAUCCUGACGCACCAACAAACACCAACACCGUCACCGUCAACACCAGUGACGAGGACCGGGUUUACACCUGUCCACAUUGCGAUCGCACCUUCACCUCACACAUCGGCCUGAUCGGUCACUUGCGAUUCCAUCGCACAGAGAGUGACAAACCAGUGCCUGCAACACCAAUCUGCACUCGCCGAUUUGGCCCCCGCUGUCUACAUUUCACUCGCACAUUCAUUCACCGCAUGGGUCUCUUCGGCUACACGUGCGUCCACGAAAACCUGCGGUAG